UCUGACUACAGUUGUAUUCUGAGCAUUAGUGAAGAGGAAGCCAGGUGGAAGGCCCUGAAUGAGUACCUCAGCACCCGUAGUUAUAUCCAGGGGUUCACAUUUUCCCAGGCAGAUGUGGAAGUUUUCAGACAGCUCCCGAGCCCGCCUGGGGACCCGCACUUCCAUGUGGUUCGUUGGUACAGGCACAUAGAAGCAAUCUAUGGUGGCAGCAAUGAAAAGCAUGACUCCUGUCAACUCCAAACAAGCAAAAGCAAGCGUACUCAGCCUCCCUGGUCUCCACCACAAGGAACAAAACAACCAAAACUCUGCCUGUACAACAGCCUCACUCGGAAUAAGGAAGUGUUUCAACCCCAAAAUGGAAACAUGGUGACAUGGUAUUGCUGUGGUCCAACAGUGUAUGAUGCAUCUCACAUGGGACACGCAAGGUCAUACAUCUCGUUUGAUAUCCUGAGAAGAGUUUUGAGAGACUAUUUCAAAUAUGACGUCUUCUACUGUAUGAAUAUUACAGAUAUUGAUGAUAAGAUCAUAAAAAGAGCAAGGCAAAACUAUCUCUUUGAACAGUACAGAGAGAAGAAACCAUCGGCAGCGCAGCUACUUGAAGACGUUCGCAUGGCCUCUGAGCCAUUUUCAGUGAAGUUACAUGAAACAACGGACCCUGACAAGAAGCAGAUGCUGGAAAGGAUUCAGAAUGCAGUCAAAGGUGCUGUGGAGCCUCUUGAAAAAGCACUGGAGAAAAGAGUCUCUGAAGAGGAAAUCAAUGAACAUGCUGGGUUGGUGUUACAAGAAGCAAAAGAUAUACUUUCUGAGUGGCUGGAUACGAAAUUGUGCAGUCAGGUGACUGACAACUCUAUCUUCUCAAAGCUUCCAAAAUUCUGGGAAGAAGAAUAUCAUAAAGAUAUGGCAGCUCUCAAUGUGUUACCUCCUGAUGUCUUAACUCGUGUUAGUGAAUAUGUACCAGAAAUUGUGGACUUUGUUCAAACAAUUGUACAUAAUGGAUAUGGUUAUGUGUCCAAAGGAUCGGUCUAUUUUGAUACAGUGAAAUUUGAUGCCUCUGAGAAACACUCCUAUGCAAAGUUGGUUCCUGAAGCUGUAGGAGAUCAAAAGGCACUUCAGGAGGGUGAAGGUGACCUGAGCAUCUCAGCAGACCGCUUAAGUGAGAAACACUCUCCAAACGAUUUUGCUUUAUGGAAAUCUUCCAAACCAGGAGAGCCCUCGUGGGAUUCUCCUUGGGGAAAGGGCCGUCCAGGAUGGCACAUAGAAUGUUCUGCAAUGGCUGGAUCUAUUCUAGGAGAGUCGAUGGACAUUCACGGAGGGGGCUUUGACCUUCGAUUCCCCCACCAUGACAAUGAGUUGGCACAAUCUGAGGCAUACUUUGAAAACGAUAACUGGGUCCACUAUUUCCUACACACUGGACACUUAACAAUUGCUGGCUGUAAAAUGUCCAAAUCUUUAAAAAACUUCAUCACUAUCAAAGACGCACUGAAGAAGCACACAGCUCGACAAUUACGGCUGGCUUUUCUCAUGCAUUCCUGGAAAGAUACACUGGACUAUUCAAACAACACUAUGGAGUCUGCUAUUCAGUAUGAAAAAUUCAUGAAUGAGUUCUUUUUAACCGUGAAGGACAUCCUCCGUGCUCCUGCUACAGUGACAGGCCAGUUUGAAAAAUGGGAUAACCAGGAAAUAGUGCUGACUAAAAGUUUUUUUGACAAGAAGGCAGCAGUCCAUGAAGCACUGUGUGACAACAUUGAUACACGCACAGUCCUGGAAGAGAUGCGGUCAUUAGUCGGUCAGUGUAAUUCCUACAUCGCUGCAAAGAAGAGUGCCAGGCAGAUGGCAAACAGAACGCUCCUGGAAAAUAUAAGCAUAUAUUUGACACAGAUGUUCAAGAUCUUUGGUGCUAUAGAAGGCGAUGAAGCAAAUAUUGGCUUCCCAGUUGGAGGAAAUGGCCAAACCUUAAAUCUUGAAUCUACGGUUAUGCCAUAUCUACAGAUUUUGUCUGAAUUCAGAGAAGGCAUACGACAAAUUGCCCGAGACAAGAAAGUGUCUGAAGUUCUGCAGCUUUGUGAUUCUCUUCGGGACGAUGUCCUUCCUGAGCAUGGAGUUCGCUUUGAAGAUCAUGAAGGUCUCCCAACUGUGGUCAAGCUAGUGGACAGAGACACAUUAUUGAAAGAAAGAGAAGAAAAGAAAAAGAUUGAAGAAGAGAAGAAAAGGAAAAAAGAAGCAGCCACUAGAAAGAAACAAGAACAAGAGGCAGCAAAACUGGCAAAGAUGAAAAUCCCACCAAGAGAAAUGUUUAAAUCUGAACAUGACAAGUAUUCCAAAUUUGAUGAAAAUGGACUUCCAACCCAUGACAUGGAAGGCAAAGAACUCAGCAAAGGUCAGACGAAGAAACUAAAGAAACUCUAUGAAGCACAAGAAAAACUGUACAAAGAAUAUCUUCAGAUGGUUCAGAAUGGAACUGCAAACUGAUAACAACUUCUAGG